CGAGGCCCCCUCCCGGGCUGAAUACCUGAGGCUUGUGGUGGCUGGAAAUCGGUUGCUUAGGGAAGUUUUCCCCUGUACCACACUUGUAUUGCAAAUGAGAAAUGUUCGAGUAUGCAAAAAUACUUUGAGCUGUGGUGACAAGAAACUAAGAGAUAUGUAAUGGCUUAUUAACUUGGAUCUUAUGUGGAUUUGAAUUUCAUUGUUAGCCUGUCUUUUCUAAUGUACAGGUAACUCGUGUCUGCCUGAGAUUCACAGGGGGAGCCUUAGCUGAAAGGAAAGGGGGCCGAGGGUGGGUGGGAAGGAAGACGUCGACCUGCGUUGGAGCAGCCUGUCCUCACUGCCCGACUGUCCUUUCAGGGCCGUCUCACCUGCUCCCAGACCACCCAGCCAGCUGAAGCCCUUCCCUGGCGCCCACCCUGCGACACCGCCCAGUAGCCCCCAGCCUCUCCGGACAUCAGGCCCACAGAACUCCACCUCUGCUCCCCUGCCUCAGGUCAAUGGGGGCUUCAGGGUCCCUCCAUACCAGCUGCCGGAGGCCAGCGCGCGCCCCCAGAGCCUCCAUAAGAAGAGGAAAAGGAACCGCUCGGGAGCGAUGCAGGAGGGGGGCGCAGAGGCCGGGGAGGCAGCGACCCCUCCCGGGAAGAAGAGGAGGAAGAAGAGGAAGCGCCCGGAGGACUCAGACUCCACCCCGCUGCAGGAAGGGCAGACGCAGGGGCAGCGCGGGGGCCCCGAGGGCAGGAAGGCGGGCCGGGCAGAGCGGCUGGCGGACAGGCCGGAGGAAGAGGGCGGCCAGCACCUGGCGAAUGGCUGGCAAGUGGGGUGCGGGACAGGCGGCCCCCACGUGAGCAACAAGAAGAGGAGGAGGAAGGGCACGGAGGGCUUGGGCAGAGAAGACUGCCUCCACCAGGGCCCACCUUGGCACAGUAGCUGCCCUCCUCCGGACGUCCUCGAGCCAGAGGCCACUGCAGCUUCUCCAAGGAAAAAGAAAAAGAGGAAAAGGAAGCAGGAGUCACGGCAGGAAGCAGCAGGGAACAAGCGUGCGGAAGGCUGGCAGGGCGCCCGGCAGACGGGCUCUGCCUCCCCCGGGAGCGGCCCCUCGCCCGCGGCGAACGGGCUGGAACAGGCUCCUCUGCUAUCCUGGCACAGAGAGCGAGAACCUGACGUGGUCCAGGAGUUGCUCAAAUACUCAUCUGAUAAAGCUUACGGGAAGAAAGUGUUGACGUGGGACGGUGAGGUGUCUGCCGUUAGCCAGGAUGCUGUUCAAGACAGCAGGUUGGCCCGCAUGGCCACCGUGAUCGACGACUGGGACGAAGAGGUCGAUCGCGGGAAGGAAAAGAAAAUUAAAAAAUUUAAGAGAGAGAAGAAAAGAAACUUCAAUGCUUUCCAGAAGCUUCAGAGUAGACGGAACUUUUGGUCUGUGACUCAUCCAGCCAAGGCCGCCAGCCUCAGCUACCGCCGCUGAGUCGCUGCUGUCAAACCAAACUCCCAGAAACGGAGCGUCCCUUCCUGGGAACUGUCCACCUGGACUGAAGAGCAGCCUUCUUGCAGACUCCGCUGGCUCUGUCACUCCCAGGCUCCGCACUGUGAGCCUGCUAUGAGAGGACCACACGUAGAGGCUCCGGCUUCUGGAGAUCAGGACCUCUGGGGACACAACAGGCAUCGUGACAAACCACACAGUGACUGUGGAGCAGGCGGCUGGGACCUGACUGCAGUGUCUGGUCCGGGGCCCUGGGAGAGAGCAGGGGAGGACGACG